AUGAAAGAGAUCAUACAAGGGACCGGGUCUUGGGGGCCUGAGCCUUCAGGACCUGGCGUAGCUCCAGCUUACUCAAGCCCUAGGCGGGAGCGUCUUCGUUGGCCCCCACCCCCAAAACCUCGACUCAAAUCAGGUGGAGGGUUUGGGCCAGACCCUGGGUCAGGGACCACAGUGCCAGCCAGACGCCUCCCUGUCCCUCGGCCUUCUUUUGAUGCCUCAGCUAGUGAAGAGGAAGAAGAGGAGGAGGAGGAGGAAGAUGAGGAAGAGGAAGUGGCAGCUUGGAGGCUGCCCCCCAGAUGGGGUCAGCUGGGAGCCAUCCAGCGCCCUCGCCCUCCCCGCCCUACUCAUCGAAAAACCUCACAGCGCCUCACACAGCGCCGUCGCAGAGCUAUGAGAGCCUUCCAGAUGCUGCUCUACUCAAAAAGCACCUCGCUGACAUUCCACUGGAAGCUUUGGGGGCGCCACCGGGGCCGGCGGCGAAGCCUUGCACACCCCAAGAACCAUCUUUCACCCCAGGAAGGGGGUGCGACACCACGGGUGCCAUCCCCCUGCUGUCGUUUUGACUCGCCCAGGGGGCCACCUCCCCCUCGGCUGGGUCUGCUAGGUGCUCUCAUGGCUGAGGAUGGGGUGAGAGGGUCUCCACCAGUGCCCUCUGGGCCCCCCAUGGAGGAAGAUGGAUUAAGGUGGACUCCAAAGUCUCCUCUGGACCCUAACUCUGGCCUCCUCUCUUGUACUCUGCCCAACGGCUUUGGGGGACCAUCUGGGCCAGAAGGGGAGCGAAGUCUGGCCCCCCCUGAUGCCAGCAUCCUCAUCAGUAAUGUGUGCAGCAUCGGGGACCAUAUGGCCCAGGAGCUUUUUCAGGGCUCAGAUUUGGACGCUGCAGAAGAGGCAGAGCGGCCCGGGGAGAAAACUGGCCAGCAUAGCCCCUUGCGGGAGGAGCAUGUGACCUGCGUGCAGAGCAUCUUAGAUGAAUUCCUUCAAACUUACGGCAGCCUCAUCCCCCUUAGCACUGAUGAGGUAGUAGAGAAAUUGGAGGACAUUUUCCAGCAGGAGUUUUCUACGCCUUCCAGGAAGGGCCUGGUGCUACAGCUGAUCCAGUCAUACCAGCGGAUGCCAGGCAAUGCCAUGGUGAGGGGCUUCCGAGUGGCUUAUAAGCGGCAUGUGCUGACCAUGGAUGACUUGGGGACCUUGUAUGGACAGAACUGGCUCAAUGACCAGGUGAUGAACAUGUACGGAGACCUGGUCAUGGACACAGUCCCUGAAAAGGUGCAUUUCUUCAACAGCUUCUUUUACGAUAAGCUCCGCACCAAGGGUUAUGAUGGGGUGAAAAGGUGGACCAAAAACGUGGACAUCUUUAAUAAGGAGCUGCUGCUAAUCCCCAUCCACCUGGAGGUGCAUUGGUCCCUCAUCUCUGUGGAUGUGAGGCGACGCACCAUCACCUAUUUUGACUCGCAGCGCACCCUAAACCGCCGCUGCCCUAAGCAUAUCGCCAAGUAUCUACAGGCAGAGGCAGUGAAGAAAGACCGGCUCGAUUUCCAUCAAGGUUGGAAAGGUUACUUCAAAAUGAACGUGGCCAGGCAGAAUAAUGACAGUGAUUGUGGCGCCUUUGUGUUGCAGUACUGCAAGCACCUGGCCCUGUCUCAGCCAUUCAGCUUCACCCAACAGGACAUGCCCAAACUUCGUCGGCAGAUCUACAAGGAGCUGUGUCACUGCAAACUCACUGUGUGA